AGUUCAAAAGUCCCCGGAUCUGCCCAGUACAUUAUGUCAGCUGUCAAUGACACCAAAUUCAACUCUGCAGUGUUCCUUCUCACUGGGAUACCUGGGCUGGAAGACGUCCAUCUCUGGAUCUCCAUCCCCUUCUGCUUAAUGUAUGUUAUUUCAAUAGUAGGAAAUUCACUCAUUCUGUUCAUUAUAAAAACAGACUUGAGCCUCCAUGAGCCUAUGUACAUUUUCCUUUCCAUGUUGGCCAUCACAGACCUUGGCAUAUCCAUAACCACCAUACCAACGAUACUGGGCAUUUACUUGUUUAACUCUAGGGAGAUCAGCCUCAAUGCCUGUUUAGCCCAGCUGUUCUUCAUCCAAUUGCUUCAAUACACUGAAUCCUCUCUGCUGUUGCUGAUGGCCUUUGACCGCUUCAUCGCCAUCAAUAACCCGCUGAGAUAUGCUUCCAUCUUAAACUCACAGAGGAUAGCCAAGAUGGGACUGGUGGCUGUGCUAAGAGCGAUGAUCCUAAUACUUCCUCUUCCCUUUCUCCUGAAACGGUUGCAAUACUGUCGAGCCAAUGUCCUUUCCCAUUCCUACUGCGUGCACCGGGACGUCAUGAAGAUGGCAUGUUCGGACAUCACAGUCAACAGCAUCUAUGGAUUGUUCACUAAACUCUUCCAGAUGGGGUUGGACUCACUGCUCAUCUUUCUCUCUUAUGUGAUGAUCCUCAAAACAGUGCUGAGUAUCGCGUCCUACGAGGAGUGCCUGAGGGCCCUGAACACCUGCGUCUCUCACCUCUGCACCCUCCUGCUCUUCUACACACCAGAGAUCAGCUUGUCUGUGAUACACAGAUUUGGGAAGGGCUCUUAUCCCUUACUUCAGAGUCUCUUGGGCUACAUGUCCCUGCUUCUCCCAUCACUGAUGAACCCAAUUGUGUACAGCAUGAAAAGCAAACACCUUCGCGUCAGGAUAAUCAAGUUGUUCAUCAAGUGAAGAGUCAGUUCACCAUCUGGCUCCAGUGACAUGUGUUAGGAUAUAGAUAUUCAGGCUUGUCUGUAAAUUCUUAUAUUUUCAGUAGAAUGAUUGGUUAAGGUAUAGCUGAGAAUAUUACUAUAUAAAUUAGGGGCAAACAGGAAGUAAGUUGGGAUGCUGUCUGAGCGGGGAUUGGAUUGGAUUGCUCUAUUAAGCACCAGAGAGGGAGAUUAAGCACCAGAGAGGGAGAUGAGCUCCUGAAACUAAAGGACAGUGCUGGCAGAAGAACAAAUGGGGACAAACUGACCAGAAGCAAACUGAGGCUGGAAAGAAGAAGGAGAAGGAGAUUUCUGACCAUUUGAGGAGGGAGGUUCUGGAACAGCCUCCCAAGACGAGUAAUUACCGGCACACAGCCACUCACUGAGGUUGUCAUUGUUCAGUGAGGACCCAGGGUUCAGAGGUGCAUCUGUGGGAGUUCACUUCCCACCCUGGGAAGAAGACACCUUGCUUUCUCCUCCAUCUCAGCAUUAGCUCUGGCUGACCGCCUCAUCAGCUGUGGUUCCUGGUGGCCUGCCAGCCUCAGUUCCUGUCCACUGGCCACCCCAAGCUGCUCCUUCCACUCCCGCCAGCAGACACUGUCAGUUCCCUUCUGCUGCCACUUCCUUCUCUGUUGUGACCUCGGCAGGUCUGUAUCUCAGGCUUUGUCUACACUUUCAGCAUUAAAGUGCUGCUGCAGCAUUGGUUUAAGGCGAAAGUGUGGUCACAGUGGCAGUGCUGGCAGUGAGCUCUCCCAGCACUUUAGGAAAACCACCUCCAGGUUCCCAGCGCUGGGAGUCUGUCUACACUGGCAAGUUACUGCACGGAAACUUGCUUCUCUCGGGGGGGUUAUUGUCUGGAAAAAUAAUAGUUCUUGGGUUCCUGUUUAGUGAUGUCACAGGAGUUUAAUUCCCUGAAUUUCUGCUAAUCUCAGCAUGCUGAGCUGCCAACUGCCUCCUCCCCAGCCACUAUCCCCAGAGAGGAAGGACGGUUCAGCGGUUUAAGUGCUGGCCUGGGACUCAGAAGAACUGGCUUCCAGUCUAUGCAGUUUCACAGACUUCUUAUGUGACCUUGGGCAACUCACGUUGUCCUUCAGCCACAGGUGUUUUAUUAUGGCUCAUAUCACUACCUACUGCCCAAUUUAUAAAUAGGAAGGAGGCAUUGCUUCAAUAAAUUCUGCUGUUCCUGAGGUAGCCAUUUGGUUCGAUUGACUUCAGGUGAAAUUGUAGUUGCUGCUCAGUUCCCGCCAUACGAAAGAAGAAGCAGCAGCACAGCACGUUUUGACGAGGGAGUUCUGGGCCCCUCCUGCAGCUCGGCAGUAAGUGGGAGAAUCAGGACGGGCUUUUAGAGAGUGAAGGAUCUGGAGAGCAUUGCCUGGCCAAACAGAGCCCUGCCUGUCUGCCCCUCUGUCUCAUUCUGACUCCCACCUGCUCCAUGAGCAAUGAGAGCUGCUCUAGUGCUGUAGAUAGACCUCACACCCUCCAUCCAAAUUUCCAACAUCAAGUUUGGGAGUAGCUGGAUCUCAGGGAGGGGGUUGUUUGUAUCCAAUAUAGAGAUACCAGCAGAUAUUGGGAGCUGGGCCUGGGUUGCACCCAUUUCUAUUAAGACAGUGCAUGGCCUUGCUUAUCUUGCAUGUGCAUGUCUUAUGCCUGAAGAACAGGAGAGAGGUAGGCCAUAGGUACUCAUUGACUCAGCGAGCCCAUCGAUGUUAUGUGAUCCCAGCAAUUACAGGCUGGUAAGCCUGACUUCAGUACCAGGCAAACUGGAUGAAACUAUAAUAAAGAACAUUAUUGUCAGACAUAGAGAUGAACAUAAUUUGUUGAUGAAGACUCAACGUGGUGUUACUAAAGGGAAAUCCUGCCUCACCAAUCUACUAGAAUUCCUUGAGGGGGUCAACAAGCAUGUGGACAAAU